CAUACAACCAACCACAGAAGCCAGAUCACAAAAUGCCACCUAAGAAACAGACAAAGAACGAACAGAAGAAAAAAGUCAAAGCUGCCGAGGAUAAAACCUUUGGUAUGAAGAACAAAAACAAAUCUGCCAAGGUUCAACGCUAUGUUCAGCAAGUGCAAAAUCAAGCUAAACAUAAUGCUGAACAAGGAAAGAACAGUAAACUUGAGGCCGCGGCACAGAAGAAAGCACUUGAACAAAAGAAAAGAGAAGAAUUUGCUGAGCUCUUCAAGCCUGUUCAAGUACCUCAAAAGGUACCCUUUGGUGUCGAUCCAAAGACUGUGCUUUGCCAAUAUUUCAAGCAGGGCAAUUGUGAAAGAGGUGCCAAGUGUAAAUUCUCUCACGACCUGAAUGUCGGCCGUAAAGUCGAGAAGAAAGAUUUGUACACUGAUGACAGAGCCAAUGAUACAAUGGAUAAGUGGGAUCAACAGAAGUUGGAAGAAGUUGUUAAGAGCAAAUCAGGAAAGCAACCUCCCACAGAUAUUGUGUGUAAAUACUUUUUGGAAGCUAUUGAAGCAAGUAAAUAUGGCUGGUUUUGGGAAUGUCCAAAUGGUGGUGCCAACUGUAAAUAUAGACAUGCUCUUCCACCUGGUUUUGUUCUUAAAUCAAAGGCUGCUAAAGCCGAAGAGAAGGAAGAAAUUUCGCUGGAAGAAUUUUUGGAAACUGAGCGUCAUAAAUUGGGUCCUAACUUAACACCAGUGACACUUGAAUCCUUCAAUGAAUGGAAGAAGAAUCGUGUGACUAAGAAGGAAGAAGAAGAGAAUAAAGCAAAGAAAGCAAAGGAAAAUCGUUUGAAGGCUGGCCGAUCACAAGGUAUGUCUGGUAGAGAUUUGUUCGAGUUCAACCCUGAGCUUGCACGCGAUGAUGAUGAAGAUGAGGAUGCUAUUGAUUUCUCUGCCUUUGAUCGUGAGGAAGCAGAAAAAGAACGUGAUCGUUUGGAAAAUGAGAAAUUCCUGGCUGAGCAUACAGCAGAAAUGAGCUUAAAUGAUAGCAGUAGUGCUCCUGCUGCCACUGAAGUGCAGUGAUGAAUAAAACUGUAGAGUAGGCAAUUGCUUUUUUUUCCUCCCCGUUUUCUAAACAAUAAAUCUGUCAUAGAUUGACUGCAUUUUAAGAAAAUUUA